AUGGUCCGGCGACCUACCAAUAUCCCCCAGCACAACAUGGUCCAGCCUACCAAUAUUCCUCAACAGAACCCACACGAAAUAUACAUCCCCAAUCGACAGCAAGUAUCCAAGCUCCCAGCGCUCUUCGAAUCGAAAAGAAAAAUGGGUCAAAUGCAUGUGAGGAAUGUCGACAAAGGAAACGAAGAUGUGAUGAAGGGAGACCAAGAUGCACGAGCUGUGCUAUGGAAAAUCUGCAAUGUGAUUAUAGAAUACCUCUAA